GCGACAAAUUUGGCGCGCGUCUGCGCGUGGCUUCCAGAAAGGGAAGUCGACGAUGUUUGACGCACUCCAAGCGUAGGCCCUCUUUCCCCGUACGACAAGACCCGCAUAACCUCUCAUGACCGCCUCCAUUCAGCUAUUUGUCAAGCCCUAUUGCCACAGUCUAUCACAACAGCUAUUGCUCGCAGAUACCCAGUGACUGGCCUCCGCCCGCCUGCUAUGCCAACAUACAAUCCCGUCGGUAUCUCUAUGCGCCUCGAAGCCGUCGACUUCUCCGAAACGGUGAGACCUAUCGAGACGCACAAACGCGGAGCGGCCAGAACCAGCAAUAUCUCCGACCGAGCACUGCGCAACGGCGAAACCCUUGAGGAGGAGAGUGUAUCGUUACCGGGCGAUGCAAACGACUAUAACCUCAAAUUCCUCCAGAACGUCCCUUUUCUACAAGUCCAGGCAUGUACAAAUGCCAUCUGGAGCCAGGCGAGAGGCAGACCUGAGCCAAAAGCGCUCGCACUACACGUGGAUCUCUCGGAAAAAUCCUUCUUCGCCUGCUCCAAAGUCGGCGACGACGCGCACUCUCUCAUGAUUGAUGUGCUUUUCAACGGUACACUAGCUUCUAGCACGUCGAUUCAUCUACGCGAAAUCAACUCGAGAAAGUCUCCGCAUCAGGUCUUCAGCGGCGCACGUAACGGAUUCGCAACCGAGCGACCAUGGAUCCUGCUACCGCCCACCUCACUCAACGAGAGCCGCACGGAUAACCAAGAAGUUACACCAUGGCAACGAUGGGAGGGGAUCUCCGCAGCGCUCGUCCGCGAAGCAAACGGCCGUUGCUAUGAUGAUUGGGGGGAGAGACCGCCCAGUGCAGAGUACCUCUCGAUGCUCGCAAUGACAUGUAUGCCGGAUGCUGUGAAGGCUAUGCAGGGUCCGAGAUCAUGGACUUUUGGAGUUAUCGAUGUCAUUGUCACUGCAGGAAAGGUCGAGAGGUCAAGGCAGUACAUAAAAGGUCCUGAUAGGCUACUAGAUCCGCGUUAUAUGCACAUCUCUGUGCCUCAGCGAAAGAAAGGCUUUGCGACGCGCUCGAGCGUUGGGCAAAUGGAACCCUCCAUCCUCUAUGCGGACGAGGACAUCAGCCAACUGCACAGAGAAGAUCCUCUCAUCUCGAGUUCCCAGCGGCCAUUUUCGCAGCAUGUUCCCAGUACGACCUUAUGCGCUCCUGACAUCAUGGAUGUCGAAAACAUUUCCUCAACGGCCCGAGCUUUCCCGGGAGCAACGCCAGUAUAUCACAUGUAUCCAUUGGGUACAACAGUGAAUCCGAUGGAAGUUGAGCGCUUUUCCAUCACGGGGUUACCGACGGUCUACCCGAACUACCCGAACAUGAUCCCGUCUCCUUCACGACCCAUGGGACACGCCCACUCCGGCCAAAGCAUGAGCGAUACACUCCUACAAAUGCCUUCAACGAGAAGCCGAGAGAGCUCCGCGCUCGAACUGCCGGCUUAUAGCAGUUCCCACGAAGUAGGACCCCAAGCAUACCCGUUCGCAGGACCAACUGCUCCGCCCCAAACAAAGUUUCCGUAUCUCCGUCCAGUGCAGCACUCUGGCCCACGCCCGCCAGUAGCGCUCUGGCCUGUGCCCAGGCCAACAUUGCCAAUUGAUCCACAACUUGUAGACCUCCAUCAACCUCGAUCAAGUAUUCUACUUCGUCGGAUAUUAAUCACAGGGAAGGGCGGUGCAGUAAUCGUUGAUCGUCGAUGGGAGGUCCCACAACGCAUUCCUAUCAACCCGAAGAGCGAGAGAUGCGCGAGUGACAGUUCAAGGAAUCAGCGUGCACGUACAAGCACUGUGGUGCGUCGAGAGGAGAUCAGAACGGAGGCCAUGCAACACUGCUCAGAGCCUAUUGUUCCGAGAACACCACCUCUCACAUCCCCAACCCCAGUGGAAGUGGAAGUAAAUGGAGCAGCGAGUGCUCCGAAACCCACAAUAGUCGAAGAGAUGGAAAGUGCUCACACCCGCACAACGGGCGGCCUGUUGCGUAAGCCAACUUUAGUUCUCGAACAGAAGAGAGAUAAUAACGACAUCGUCACAGCGGACAAUCUCGAUCAUAACAACCCUUCACUCAGGACUUCAACAGGACAAACCAAGCCACUUGCGGCCACGCGCACUGCUCCCGUUGUGCCACCACUGCUUGAUAAACAAGGGAAGAAAGGGGUUACCCACGUUUUCAAUGAUACUGAAGAGAUUCUAAGGGAGGCAAGGAACCAGCGGCGGAAGAGUCGCUCAGCGCGCAGUCAAACACCAGCAAGCGAGUUCAGAAACGGUACAGCUGCUCGCCCGAACCUCUCGUCAACUGCUGCAACUGCUGCUCCUAACCAUGGUGCUAUUUUCGCCGUUGAUUCUGCUGGUAUUCCUGCUGUUACUGCCUCGUCUGCUCACGGCGUGGUACGGCCUAGCGUUGUCGCAGCGCCGAUGCCAACUUGCGGGACACCGUCUGCACUCCGGUCGAAUGCUUCCUUCUCAAGCCCUCUGUCCAGUGCGCUUGGGACACCUGAGAUCAUGUCGAUUCAUGAUUCCGGGGGUUGCUUAGAGAAGAGUGCUGUGUCUGUGCAGGGCUCUUGUGGUCAGGCAAUCACCAAUCUGGAUACGACUGGACCUUGCAUGACGGAUGACAGGGCAGAUGCUUGUGCUGUGUCUACAUUAGGCAGCUUCAGAAGCACGACUGCGCAAUCACCAGUCGACAAUCAAAUCUCGCGGGCGUUGGCUGGUGGGGAUUCGCUAGUCACGUCUGCCGCUCUGACAGCUUCAUCUUCAUUUCCUAUUGACCCACAACUGCUAGAGCAUCCCCAGGCUCAGUUUGAGUCCCAGGCCAACAUCACGACCACCGACACCACUGGUGCCGCUAAUGCCCGGAAGCGCAAACGGCGCUCGUCCCCUGCCGUUGUCAUCCCCAGCAGACCUUCCACAAGUACUUGUGUCGAAGAGGAUUUGAACAAGGAUUGCAUCAUUCGAUAUGCCGACGAGGGUAUACUGAGAAAUGUGAGGAAUGAGAAGAAGGCGACAUGUAUGGAGGAUAUGGUGGUUGUGGGAAUGAGGUUUUAUGUUCCGGGCGUGUAGGGCUGGAAUGGGUGAUGAGGUGUUAGUGUACAGGAGGAGGGUACAUGUGGGAAUUGAUAGAGUUAAGGGAGAAGGGAGAGAGGGAAGUGAGAACGGAAAGAGAUGGGGGAUAUGUGGAGGGUUCUUGAUCUGCAUGGCUGAUCAUGUGAAAUAUUGGGGGUGAUGGAAAUGGUGGGAAGUGAUGUACGAGUAUUUGUGCUGAGAUGCGUUGGGGGGCUAUCUGUGUGUCCAUGCUACAAGCGAUUGAUUGCCGCCGACACUCUGUGGAUUAGUGGGAUGGAUGUCUGGGAAUAAGUUGUAACUCUGGUUAGGCUGGGUUCAGAUAGCAACACUCAGGGAGAGAUAAAGGAGGCUUACUAAGUAUGCCUGAGGCGGCUGGCUGAUCGGCGCUAGCGGUAGAUCGCUUGGCGCUGGCCAGAGCUAAAUUCGACGUCGUUCGACAACGGGACCUCUAGC